GCGGGUCAGCAUCGACCCCACGUACUGUGCAUGAUACGGCGCGGUAUGCCGGCGCAAAGUCACCAAUUCUCAGACCGUCCAUGCCCAUAGCCCAGGCCUUCCUCCAUGGCAUGACAGCAGCCUCCAAAAGCACAGAAUGGCCCACCCACACCCGCCGGGCCUGACGCCCGCAGAGGUCUCGUUCCUCUGCGAGAUGGAAAUGGUGACGGUCGUCCCGAGAGGGCGCCUGGACAGUAUAGAGCUUCUCAGUGGCACAACUCCUCCCCUCCGACCACCGCAUCGUGCCCAACUCCCCCUCUGGCUCGCCCUCCUCCUCAAGAAGCAACGUCGCGCCAACAUCGUGCCACCAGCAUGGCUCCACCCCUUGUCACUCGCCGAGAUCAUCCGCCAGGAAACGAGAGAAGAUCCCACAGCCUUCAGCAAACCACCCCCGCCACCAGUACGGGCUGACAGCCGCGGCGUCGCCCACCGCCUCAACACCUCGGCCCUGGGCGGCGGUGGCGGCGACGACGGCGAGGGCGAGGGCGCAGCCCUCCUCUCGCCGCCCUUCCUGCCGAGCUCCACCGCCGAGUCCCCCGCCGGGUACCUGCCCUACCACUGGCUCGAGACGGCCGAGAUGCUGCUGGCCCACGCGCCCGACGACAUGUCCGCCCCCGCCGGCGAGAUCAGGGGCCUGCUGCGCGACCUGGUCGAGGUGCGCUCGGCCAAGCUCCGGGGCAGCACCACCCAGCUCGAGCAGUUCGGCGGCGGCGUCAUGAACCUCCGCGGCGUGGGCGCCAUGGAGCUGGCCGAGAACAGGGGGUUCGUGCUCGGCGUCGUCGACGGCGUCAGGAAGCUCGGCGCCAGUGCCGAGGCCACGCGCCGGGAGGAGGACGAGGAAGGCGCCGACGGUGCCGGGUAUGAGGAGAGUGAUGACGAUAUGGGCUUAUGAUGACGCUGGGGGUCGGGUGGCACGGCAUGAUCCACGCGCUACGAACUAAUACACUGGACGCUUUAUGUACGGUCGGUCCGCCCAGAGACCACGGAUGGCGGCGGCAUCUUGGGAACAGCAAGCAUGGCUCGGCGUUUCGAUAGGUUAAACCUCGGGACUCAUAUACAGGUAAAUCAAAAGCUCAAUGUUCGCAGCAA